UUUGUUUGGCGAGCGCUUCGAAUAUCUGUAGAUAAAUAUCCAGCUGUUCUCCAUAUUGAUUUUAAAUCACUCGGCCUCCUUCCCGGACUGGUUGUUUUGUAUCAGCAUCACCACCCAGCAAACAACGCAAUACACCGAGGAAGAGAAAGAGAGAGAAGCGAAAAAGAAUAAGAGAAAACAAUAUGCUGCCCGUACCACAAGAUCGCACUUCUGGCCGUCGAAGCAGCUCCAUUGGGUGCCGUUCGAUUGUUGGCAGAAGAACCUCAACUUAUAUAACAAGUUCAACAUCAUGUGAUCCAUUCAAGCUCAUUGUUGAAAUCAAUAGCCAAGUCGCCUUAUUCAGAGAUUUGCUCAUUCACAUCGGCCAAUCGAAAGAUUGCCCCGAAUUACGCGAAAAAGUGAGGAAGGUUCGUCGAUCCUGUGUUGAAGCCUGUAAACAUACGUCACAACUGAUAAUAACUCAAAUCAAAAGUUCGAUCCAUGAUGGAAUGUUAGCCGAUAAUCCGCAUUUAGUGCUGUUAUACUACUUAUCUCAAUUGUUUCUGAGGGAACUGUUCAAAAGCUAUCGUCUUAUACAAGUAGUACCGAUGGAUAUGUCCGGUUAUUAUGAUAAUCGAGCCGGACCAUCGAAUUUAGGAAAUGUAAUUAGUCAAAUUCUAUUAUGCAAGCAGAUAACACCGGAUUUUAAUGCAGAGGAAUUAUGUAGCAUCACCAAGGAUUCUCAAGACAUCGCCAAAUUGCUAUCCGAUAUGCAAGAGUAUAUACCGAACCAAGAAACAUAUUUAGAAAAAGCGACGGCAAUCGAUGAUGUGAAUGGUCCAUGGCCAGCGAAGCGUCGACGUAAUUCGAUUUACAAAAAUAUGGGACUCUUAUGCUGUGUAUCACGACCGAAUUACUUGUGAAAAAUAUGCAUUCGUUCAAUCUAAAAAGAAAAAAACGUUAAACAAAAGUAAACCAAAAAAAAAAAAAUAUUCAUCAUCGAUCAAAAAAAGACACAAAACUACACGGUUCGUCGUUUUCCCGAAUAAUGUAUCCUCGUUUGAGUUUUUAUUACAUACAUAUUUAUAUAUUCAAUGUGAUUUUCGAAAUUAAUUUUAUUAGCCGUAGCCUAAAAUAAAAUCAAUUUCAUUUUAAAUAGCCAUUUUAGUUAAGUAAAACCAACAACAAAAAACCAAAAGGAUAAAUAAUAAUAAUAUGAAAAACACCACAUGCAGAGAGGAAUGAAAAGUGAAAAAUACUCGUAUGUAUUAUAUAUUUGUAUUCAUAAAUUAACGAACCUAUAGAGUUUACUUGUAUCAAAUAGAAAAUUGCACUAAAUUAUAAGUUUAACAUUUCAAUUGAACCAUACACACACGGACUGAAUAGCUGGAUGUAAUUGACUGAUUGAUGAAUGCGAGCGAAAGCACGCGCCCACGCGACCUAUUGGCAUUCAAUUGUAAAAUGUAGUUUUUUCUAGACGAGAAAAUAUUCCCAAAUGCUCAAACCGGAAACUAAAUUCCAAAAUCCAUUGAACAGUUACUCUUUUUUCCUUCCUGUGGUUGAACGCAGACAAAAAACCGGAUGUUUACACAAUGCAAUAAUGGUUUGUUAGUUCAAAUAAUUUCAAUGUGAAAAAUGAGUUGUUAUUUUUGCCGUGAAAAAUGAUUUUAAAAUGAACAUCCGAUUGAAUUUCCAACCAACAUGAGAAAUAUACAUACAAAAACCCAACAUUCAAAUGAAAUGGUAAAAUAAUUUACGGACAUGUAACAGUCAAUCAUUCGAACAAUUAAAAUGUUGACGUCGCGUUUUUUUUCUUCUCGUUGCUACCACUCGGCGUAUUCAUUUAUAAAUAAAAUCAUAAAUAAAACUCGGUUCCCUGUAUAGCGGAUGUUUCGAAUUCAAAAUUUCAUUAAAAUACAACCACGUCGUUUGUUAAUCCUCGUCAUUGUAUCGCGUGGGAUGGAAGAGAGAUGAAAAAACGGCGCGUCCAUAUAUCAGUGUAAACAUAAAAUUCUCAACCACAUAAAUACAAACAUGCAAGCUUUUUUUUUUGGUUUGUUGGAUGUGCUUCGGUUAAAUUCGUUUUGUGGCUGUAAAAAGCUUUUAUUCACAUCCUCAAUCGACUGUGUAUCCAAAUAGAGACACUCAACCACACAGAUAUACACUCGCAUACAGCUCAGAGAGCACGCAGCAAACAAUUCAAUACACAAUUCACGAAAAUGCAACAAACCACACUUUACAUAUUAUUUACAAAAUAUAUCCGCAUUUGUGGAAGAAGACAUGCGAGCUGGAGUACUUCAGUCCAUGUAUGUGUACCACUGAAUGACUUUCCAAUCUGGCGCUUGUGUUUAAAUGCAAUUCAAAUAUUUGUACAACGCCCGCUGAAGGCAGUCUCGUCAUUCGCAUACGUGCUGCACAACAGAAAAAAACGCUUUAAUUUUCAAGAGCUACGGGCUUUUUUCACCCUCCGGUCACUCUCUCUCGCUGUCGGUGCGAACUGACUUGCAACUGAAUAUAUUUAUUUUUUUAGGUCAACUAAAGUUUGAGCUGUGAUUUUAAUUUGGUGUAUCGAAACUAGUGUAUAUGUGGUAUUUGGUAUCAUUCUAUCGCAACGUGCCCUUGGAGGUGUUGAUACACUCAGACACUUCAAUACAUAUAUGUGAAGUUUAAGUUCGAAACUGAAUGACAGAAAAAAAUGCUGUGCACGAAGAAGAUAAACAAAAACAUGUUUCGUUGUUGGCAUUUCACUACUAAGAAAUCGCUGGUGGUAACGAUUCGUUUUGUAUGUGACAACACAUGGCUCUGUAGCUUAUAAUAUGCAUAAUUUUUCUUUUCGGGCGACGAAAAACACACACACACUCCCAUCUGAAGAAAUGGAACGCAUCUAAAACCACCUCGUUACAAUGAGGAAUCGAUUUCUAUUUUUCACGUUUACUAUGCAGCAGGGCGCACAUCGAACGCGUGCAUGUCGUGGCUGAAAUUGGAUUUCUAUUCUAACAGAAUAGUUUUUUUUCUUCUUCUUUCAUCUUAUUUCCAGUUAUUUUAUCAAAUUACCGUUGUUCGUAAUGCACACCGAAUGCGCCACCCACAAAAUGCAUAUGCGAAAAAUCAUCGCCUGUCGACAAAUUAUAUUCUUUAUAUGCAAAUUGCUUCUUGCACAUCCAUUAAUAUUAUAAGCUCUGAUGAAAUGAGCUUCCAACUAUCUCUUUCUUUUUCAAUUCGACAGCAGAAGCAGAAGCUGGAGAAGCAUCCAUCCCCAUUUCCCGUUUUUAUUCGGGCAAACAUAAACCAAUUUCGCUCUUUUUUUCAUUAUUUCAUCGCAUAAAUUUAAAUAUGUUUUCCCCCCUUUGAAGGAUACCGCUCUGUUUUUUCCUCGUCUCUAUACGGUACACACACUGCACAUGUUUCCAUGUAUUUAAAUUAGAUGCGAAUAAAUUAAAACAUAUGUAAUUUUUGCUGGUGAUAAAAAAGCACACACACACAUGAUUUAUGCUUUGCCCAUCGUCGAAUGCAUUUGAUGUGUGAAAUAUUUGGGUUUUGGAUGUGGUUCGGGCAGCAUCGAACACCGUUUCAUUUUGGGACGAGCAGUUUUGAUCGGUACUUUGGUCACCAUGUGCAAAUAAGUGCGGAUGGCUGAAAAUGGUAAAACCUUUAAUUUAUAGUGACACUGGAUUUGGUGGAUGUGUGAGAGCUUUUUUUUCGUGUGUUAGCGGUUGGCUGAACAAAAUAUGUUCGUUCGAAAGACACUUUCUCUCCCAUGUCACACACACACAUUUUGACAGCAUAAUAAAAAUGAAAAUUCACUCGGGUGUCAAACAAAAGCAGCUAGUGAUGACAAAUUAUAUUGAAAUAUAUUCCAUGUGUUUUGAAUCAAUAAUAAAUUGGGUUUCUGCCUGUUUGCGCCCAAUUGAUUAAAAAUUAAUAUCACAGCAACAUAGUUGCCAUUUGACAUGGAGCUACAAACGAAAAAAGUAGCACCACGAGAAAGAAGAAAUGGUGUGUUUAGUUCUGCGGUCGAAGGUGACUCAUUUAUGGCGGCUGUAAAAGCGCUUGUUCCAAACAUAUACAUAAAAGAAUCCACGGUAUUUUUACGACAAUCUGUUAUUGUGCACAGUAAAUCGCUACCAUUUCUUUCGCGUGUAACAUUUUUUUUAUAGAGCUACCACAGAAUCCUCAAUGACAGUUGAUCCACUUAGACACUCGUUCUUGUAAGUGUGUUUUUUUCGCCUCGUUUCCAUAAAUCUCGCCUAUUUUCGGAAAUGAUGAAAAGGUGCGUUAUACAGACAUAGCUUGCACGUGGAACUGAUACACAUGUUUUUAUUUCAUAUUUUCAUAAAAUUCACAAGAAUUGGAAUUUUCGUGCCAGUCGACGUCCAUGAUUGGAUUCAAUUUGACAGAGGAUGCCUCUGUGUGGAAAGGAUGAGAAACGGGACAA